CUUUCAUGUUGCGGGAAUUUUGUUGUUGACAACAACGCUGCUAUAAGUAAUUUGGUUUACUAUCUAGCUACCUAGAAUAUAUAAAAUAACGUUUACGAUGACCAGCAGCAGCACUAAUAUCAGUUUGAUGAUCAUGUACGAGGAUGAGUCGGUGGACGUCCGUUACGUAGAUGAUUCCCGUUUGCACUUGUCGCCCUGUGGCUCGGAGUUCGUGUUGGAGAAAGCUCCUGCACGCUCUGCACAUCCUCUCCAGUCUAGCGAGAAGGUUCGACAGAGGACCAGGUUCGCCACCAGCAGCUACAAGGACCUGAUGCUUGGUGCUUUGGAGUUCAGGAACGAGUAUGCGACUCGACCUUACCUGCCUGAAGAACUAAUCCCUGACGACCACAUAAAGCAGGUCUUCAGCAUUGACCCAGAGGUGGAGUGGCCUGCAUGUCAUUCCUGUACUGCUGAGGUGGGAUCGAACCGAGAGACCAUCGUCAGUUCAGUGGAGCGGAGGGCCAGUCUGCUGCUUUCUCCCUCUGGAGAGGAGUUCUCUAUAAGCUUCACCUGCAGGCUUAGUCACAACCAACACCACAGGCCUCAGAGCCGAGAGCCAAAUAGGUCCGUCACUGAACACACACAGCAAGACAACCAAACCUGUAGGUCAAAGACUCCAUCUCAACAGAGUAAUGCCUGUGCUGAGCCCAAGCAAGGAGAGGUAUACCUGUCCACCAGAGUGGUCCAGCACCACUCUGUCUCCUGUGUUCCUCUGGUGUGGCGCUACCCUCUGUCUUUGGCCCUUCACCUCUGGUGCGCCCAGUCCCAGCCCUCUGGAGAUAGGAACAGGGGAGACACAGAAGAAGAGACAGCCAGGGGGAGAGACCAGACUGAGAGAGCAGUGGCAAUGCCAAACACAUCCAGAGGAGAGAGGAGGUCUCACCUGCCCCAAGCCCUGCCUCUCAGAUGUCCCUCCCCUCAUCAGCACAGGUGGAAGUUCAGGCACUUUCUGGUCCAAGAUGAACAGGAGCCGGACCAAGACCUCCCUACAGAGCUGGUUAAGGUGGUGUGGUGCCAAGGGGUGCUGUACAGGAUAGUGGAUGGAGCCAUCCCAGUCGUGGAGGUUUCUCCAGGGGAUGGUUCAGUCAUCAGGUCUAACGGAGUUCUGGCCAGCUACUUCACCCACCACAGAGCUGGCCCUGGGCCUGGAGAGGUAAAGGAUGUAACGUACCACCUGAGCAGCCUCCCCCCUGACACACCUGGGCAGGCCUACUCUGUGUGCUCUAUGGUGACUGGAGCCAGCAGGAUCCUGAAGUGCUACAACCAGGCCAGGCACUCUCUAAAGCUCCCUGCUACACCGAGCUGCUUGAACAAGGAGACCAGUUCUGAGCCCUUUGUACAGGAAGUACACAUUUCUGAGUCUGGUUUCAUUAAUACCACUGAAGCAAGACAAAGCAGGCCUAACUGUGUUGUUGAAGAGCUGGAGAAGAUCAAACGCUUCAACUUUCUGUUGGAGAACAGUCACCUUCUUAGAGCCCAGAGGGGUUCUACAGCGGUGGGCUGUGGUUCUAGCGGUUCUAAAGAGCACGUGGCCCACUGUGAGCCAGUCAGCGAGAGCAUCGCGGAGGCCCUCCAGAGAACCUUGAAAGCCAUCCAGGAUAUCGACAACCUCCUCUCAGCCACAAUGCUAUCUGGAGACACCGCUGCCCUGCAUGACGGAUAAUACAGUCCUGCGUGAUGUGUGAUGGAGGGUUUAGUGUCAGAAAAUACUUAUUGUAAAUGAGGAACAUGUGAAGCAGUGAGAAUUAUUAAUUGUUUUCAGUUUCACUAAGUAAGCCUUGUCAGCAUCAAAUGCAACCUUCAUCUAGUGGCAGUUUCAGACUGCAGGAAAAAGAAAAUAAGAGUUUUCCAUGAUUGUGAGGCUCAGAUAUAUGUCAUGGUGUUGACUUUAAGAGGGACUCUAACACUCCUCCAGCUCAGCAACAGCCUCCACCCGUGUGUGGUUAGACAUAGUGGUUAGACUAGACUCAACCGAAAGAAGAUGGGUGUGUUGAAACUAGGCAACAGUUUGUUGAAAAAUUAUUCAAAUUAAAUACAUUAUUGUCCAUCUUAUUGCAAUUCCUGUACUGUCUUCAUCUGAUAUCAUGAGGCUUAUUAUAGAGUGACAAUCAUGAGUAAUAAGUAAUUUAAAGUCACCUGUCGUGUCUAUUUGACCUUGUUGUCAGUGCUCUUCGAAGAGUACAGUUUAAUUUAAAAAAAUAAGUGCCAUGAUUUCUCAUUUUGAAUCACUCCUCAGUUCAUGGUGGUCUCACUUCAGUAGGACUGGAAAGAAGAACUCAGAAGGAAGUGGCUGGAAAUGACUUUUGUUUUGUGUUGUACUCUACAGGAUGCGUGCCAUUUAUACUCUACAAAGUGUUGAUGCCUCCCACAGUUGUGUCAAGUUGGCUGGAUGUCCUUUGGGUGGUGGACCAUUCUUGAUACA